UGAAUGGAUUUGUGCUGACCAGGAGAAGAAGAAGAGUAUCAACACGUGCCGCUAACAUUUGUUGAAUUUUCUUGCUUUUCCACAAAAUGAUCAAAAUUAAGCGAAAACCCGCUCCUCCACCGGUGGAACAAGACUCUGACAGCGACUCUAGCUUCGACGAAGAGGAGCCGCAGAAUGCGGACAUCCAGGAAGGACCAGUUACGGACAGCAGCGAUGAAGAAGCUGCCUCAACCAGCAAAAAACAAUCUAAAAAGGGGAAAGCUGAUGAGGGUUUGGAAAAUGAGGACGAUGAAGAUGACGACGACGAGGAGGAGGAGGACGACGACGACGACGAAAUGGAGGAUGAUGACGAUAAGAAGACCCGCAUUCCGGUUUUAAAUCCACUCAGCCUUAUGCGUAACAAAGAGCAGCGGCUGGCGCUCUACAAAAAGAUGAAGAAGGAGAAGCACAAGAAAAAGAUGCAGGAACGUCGUGCCCGUCGCAAAGCAGGAGUCCCCGCCAAUCCAGGUCACACUAUUGAGAGCCUGCGUGAGAAAGAUCAGACAGAGGUGGCCAAUCUCAACGACUCCGACAACGAGGAACUGCAAAAGGAACUUGAACUGGAUGAUUUCAGUGCUUACUUUGAACGCUCUUACGAGCCCAAGGUACUAAUCACCUUCGCCGACAAUCCAGUGACCAAGACCCGUAAGUUUGGAUUGGAACUAUCGCGCAUAUUCCCCAACGCCCUGGUGAAGAUCAGAAACAAGUCGUCAGUAAAGAAAAUCUGCAAGAGCGCCGAGCGCGAGGAGUUCACAGAUGUAGUGAUUAUCAACGAGGAUCGCAGAAAACCCAAUGGCCUGCUGGUCAUCCAUUUGCCCAGUGGACCCACUGCCCACUUUAAGCUGUCCAACGUAAAGCUUACCUCAGAUAUAAAGCGUAAUCACAAGGAGAUAACGAAGCACAGGCCAGAGGUGAUUUUGACCAAUUUUACUACCCGUUUGGGUCUGACAGUGGGCCGCAUGCUUGGCGCCCUUUUUCAUCACGAUCCCGAAUUUCGCGGUCGUCGAGCAGUGACGUUCCACAACCAGCGAGAUUACAUUUUCUUCCGCCACCAUCGGUACGAGUUCUCCAAAGAGGGCAAGCGAGUAAAACUGCGUGAACUGGGACCGCGGUUUACCCUAAAGCUGCGCUCCCUGCAAGAGGGAACCUUCGACAGCAAGACCGGUGACUACGCCUGGAUCAUCAGCAACAAGAGGCACGCUAUGGAGUCCCGACGACGAUUCUUCCUCUAGUUGUAUUUUGAGGCAUUGUAUUUAGGUAUAGACAACAUAAUAAACCAACUGA